GCGGAGGUAGGCGAUGACUGCACACAGCCCACAGACCUGGUGAAGGUGAAGACAGAGCCCACAGUUUGUAAGACGGAGCCGUCCUCGCCCCAGCAGAGCCCCGCAGAGGACCAGACGGAGCCCGUCGACCUGUCGCUCAACAAGCCCCGCUCCUCUUCACUUCCUGCUUCUACGACAUGCACCACAGUCAACCCUGCACCCAGCUGUGCCAUGACCCAACCCAGCCUUUCUGCCACACCUGUCACCACUACCGUACAAUCCAUAGGCUCCAUGGUCCUCUCUCCGGGCUCCAUCUUGGCCACUCAGGGCGCGGGGGGCCAGCAGAUCCUCCACGUCAUCCACACGAUCCCCUCCGUCAGCAUGCCCAGCAAGGUGGGCCAGCUCCAGACCAUCCCCGUGGUGGUGCAGUCGCUGCCUGUCGUCUACACCACCAUGCCUACCGAUGGUGUUGCAACGGCGGCCAUCACAGUCCCGCUCAUAGGCAGCGACGGGCGCUCAGAAGGAUCUG